CACAUGGAGAAAAAUCCCUCUUUUCCUCCCUUUUUUAAUCCCCCCUCCCGCUUGCUCUCCUCGGCGCCGGCUGCGAACGAAACCAACGACGCCCACCAAACCGGCAAACCGCCUCCUCCUCCUCUCCUCGCCCGCCCACAGCCCACCUCCCACCCUUGGAUCGGCUCGGUCCCGCUCCCACCGCCUUAGCCGCCGACAUAACCGGGCGCGCCGUUUCAGGGGAGGCGGCAACCUGCGGGAGGCGUCCUGUUCGCGCGCUCUGGGGUUCCGGCCCCGUCGCGGAGCGAGUCCUGUGGCUGGGCGCGAGCGCCUUUCCCGCGUGUUCUGGUGGGUGGGGCUGAGGGAGGAGAGCUUCGAUCCCGGGUAGCUGGGCUCGAGUCCUCGGCGGGCCGUCCAUGGCGGAGAGACGGCCGAUCUACUGGGAGCCCGGCAAGCCCCGGCGGCCGCCGCGCUCUCACGCUCUGUGAUCCUAGCUUGGAGUCUAUUCACAAGUAGCUUGGUGAUGAUAUUGAGAGCUGUGUUGAGGAGGGAUUGGUGUGGCAGUGCGCCGAUGUGGCGGUGGAAAUUUCUCAGUUCCGUUGUGGGAGAAGAAAUUUUGCACUGAUGUCUGUGCUAUCCCCUGGGGUAAACUGUGUGAGACCAAGAGAUUGAUGUCACUGUACAAAAGUGUAGUUGACUGGGAUGAUUCAGCUGCAUUCGAAGCUUUUAAAGAUGCCAAGGCCCGCUUCUGUGCUUUAUAUCAUGGUCAACCUUGCGAUAUCCCUUUGCCUGACCCAAACAUGUAUAUUGACAUGGUCAACCCAGACGAACAUGUUGAUCCUGAAUUGGUGGCUGAUCUGGAGAGGUCACGCCGGCCUGUUCCCAGAAAGGAUAAUGCUGUUCCUGAUGACUGGGACUCCUUUAUUUUCACGGACAAGCCAGUUCCGGUUACAGGAUGGGGUGAUACGGAAACAAGCAACACUCUGGGUCAGCAGCUCUCUGUAAACUGGGUUAAUCAUUUGGAACAGCCUAUCGAAGUAAAUUGUGAGCAAAUCUCAGAACAUUGGGGUUCUUAUGUCAAGCAACCUGCUCAAACAAUUGUUCAACAAAACUCAGGCAAUUGGGACGUGUACGUGGAACAGCAAGGUCAAACCAGCAGCUGGAGGGAGCAGACCAAUCCCUGCAUUGCCAACUGGAACAUGAAGGAUGACUCCCAGGAUGCAUGGAAACAUGAUUAUGGUUGGGGUUCUGCAGCUACUCAGACCGAUUCAUGGGAGAACCAUAGAGAUAGCUAUGAUGCGUCUGACAGCCAGGGCAUGUUAUAUGGACACUGGAGAAGGCGAAACACCGAGUCAGGUAGAAGGAACAGCAGGAAUAGAGAUAGAGGAGGCCCAAUUAGUGCAAAGCCCAUUAAAUCAAAGUACCACUCAGAUGGGCACAGCGGCGCAGAUAAUGGCUGGACGAACUGCCGAAUAAGAAAUGGCAUGCCUUACUCUUAUGAGCAGGCUGGCUAUGCCAAGCAGUCACUAGCUAUGUGAGUCAGAAGGGGCUUGCAGCAUUGAGAGCAGAUGUCAAGAUCCCCUCUCUGUCAGGCUCUUCGUCGCUUUGGAGGUGUCAUUUUACACCAGUAACAGUAAUGGUGGACAUCUUCGGAUGAGGUAGAAUAGAGCUAGCAGAGAAUCCUGUAAAUUAUGUUCCCUCUUUGAAGCUGCUGUAGAUAGGACUAACUACCAAUCUAGUGACGGUUUUGUUGAGCCAUUGCACCCGUUGUGUAUAUGUACAUGUCUUGAGCUCAUUAGAUUUUGUUUACUUGCUGUAUUGCAGCUUCAAUGUUGCAGUAGUGAGAAUGAAGAUAGUACCUGUUUAAUUAUAUCUUCCGUGGUGGUACAAACAAUUGUUUUCGAGUGAAUUUUAAGUUUAGGAUGUUCGUAUUCU